AUGGGAUUUGAAGAUGAUGUUAGAAAUAUAAUGUCAUAUUUCACGGAUCAACGUCAAACUCUGCUAUAUUCAGCAACUAUGCCUAAAAAAAUUCAAGAUUUUGCAAGGUCUGCAUUGGUUAAACCAGUAAUUGUAAAUGUUGGUCGUGCUGGUGCUGCCAAUUUGGAUGUUAUUCAAGAAGUGGAAUAUGUAAAGCCAGAAUCCAAGAUUGUAUAUUUAUUGGAAUGUCUACAGAAAACUCCACCUCCUGUACUAAUAUUUGCAGAGAAUAAGAAUGAUGUAGACGAUAUUCAUGAGUACCUUCUCGUUAAGGGAGUUGAAGCUGUUGCGAUUCAUGGAGGGAAAAGCCAAGAUGAACGUGAAUUUGCAAUUCGAUCAUUCAAAGCAUACAAGAAAGAUGUUCUGGUUGCCUCUGAUGUGGCUUCCAAAGGCUGA